AUGUUGUGCUCUGUAUCCCCUGUAUUGGUUAGAUCCCUCAAAUCCUCUCUCAGAGCCAGAGCUGCUGACUCCGAUUGGGUUUCUCAUCUUCCUCUAGUUUUGUUGGGACUCCGUUCAGUUCCCAAAGAAGAUACUGGUUUUUCUGUUUCAGAGGCGGUAUAUGGUUCUCCCCUGUCAAUUCCUGGUGAAUUCCUAGAUGCCCCAGAAAUUCCAAGUUCACAAUUUAUCAGCAAAGUAGAGAAGGUAAUUGCAGGUUUUUCAACCCCUCCGCCUCAUCACGUGCAACAUUCGCCUCCAGUUGAGAUUCCUGCAGCUCUGAAAGCAGCCAAGUUUGUGUUUGUUCGAGAAGAUGCCAGCAAACCCUCACUCAGUCCUCUUUACCGUGGUCCCUACCAAGUUAUAGAACGGCGGAGUAAAUUCUUCCGCCUCCAGAUUGGUACCAAAGUGGAUUCAGUCUCUGUAGACCGGCUUAAACCAGUGGUAUCUGAUGUUCCAGUGAUCCCUGUAACUCCUCCGCCUCGAGGUCGCCCUCCUCUUCGCCAGUCAAAGGAUCCUCCAGACCUUUCCUCCGCCGCGAAGUCGUCCGCCUCAAAGAAGAAGUCUGUUAUGUUUUUAAACCAACCUAUAGUCAUACCAAGAAGAAAUCCUCACAGACAAGUCAGGAAGAAGUCUUAG